AUGAUGCCAGCAGAGACCAGAUUCUCUCUAUAGAGACCUUCACAGCACAAAGAUUAAACCAUGGCUCCUGCAAUCACUGCAGCUAUGACAAACAUUCAGGAGCAUCUAACUUUAAACCACAAGCUCAGAAAACCUUUGGUGGAGAAGUUACGCAGAGAGCGAAUCAACAGCAGCAUCGAGCAGCUCAAGUCUCUUCUGGGUCCAGAGUUCAUCCAACAGCAGCCAGACUCCAAGUUGGAGAAAGCCGACAUCCUGGAGAUGACAGUUUGCUUCCUGAUGCAGCUGCUGCAGCAGAACGAACAGCAGAAAACGCUGCUGAACCACUUCAACAAGCUGCAAGCUUCUUCUGACAGAAAACCAAGAGAGGCAGAUUUCUUUCCUCUGAGCCCCACAAUCCACACCAUCAUCACAGAAGACAAGAAUCCAGUCAAUGAGGCCCUCUGGAGGCCGUGGUAG